AUGCCUCGAAACACAAGGCUCACAACUUUUGAAAAAGGACAAAUCCUUGUCCAUCACUCCAACUGUAUCUCCCUAUCUGCUAUUGCCCGCGAGCUGGGACGAUCCCGCACAGUUGUUACAAACUUUUUGAGCGAUCAAAAGCGGUACAAUCGCAAAAAUGCGGGAGGAAGGCCGCCAAAAUUAACGGAGGCUGAUAAGCGAAGAAUUUUACGGAAAGGCUCCAAAGGAGAUUUGGGGUCAGCAGGGAUUGUGAAAGCAUUGCAACUGAGUGUCAAAGCUCGCCGUGUACGCCAGGUUCUCGCUGCAGCCGAGCAUUUGCGAUACAAGCAAAUUGCACGGACACCAGCGAUGCGUGAGCGUCAUGAAAAAUCUGGGCUCAAGUGGGCGAUGACACGAAUGGUGUGGAGCAAUGCAAAAUGGUCCCAAAUCGUCUGGUCCGAUGAAAAGAAGUUCAACUUGGAUGAACCAGACGGUUUGGCGUAUAAAUGGCAUGACUUGAGAAAGGAGAAGGAGUGGUUUUCAAAGAGACAAAAUGGGGGUUCGAGUGUUAUGGUUUGGGCAUGCUUUGCCGGUUCAAGGAUAUCAGAGCUUGUUUUUAUGGAAGGAAAGCAGGAUGGAGCGAAGUACGUGACAACUCUAGAGAACCAUCUGCUACCUUUUGCGGAGGAUCUACCAAUUACUUGGACGUUUAUGCAGGAUGGCGCACCUUGCCAUCGUUCACUGCUGGCGAAAAAAUGGCUCUCGGACAACGGUAUAUCGCUGCUAGAGUGGCCUGCGUACUCGCCAGACCUGAAUCCAAUCGAGAAUCUGUGGGGUAUACUCGUGAGGUCCGUUUAUGCGCAACAGAGGCAAUUUGAAGAUAUUGAGUCUCUUACUGAGUGUAUCAUGGAACCUUGGGCAAAUAUUGCACCCAAUACGGUCCGAAAACUUACUGAAUCUAUGCAGAAGCGGUGCGUUGAUGUUGUGUACGCCAAGGGGAAGAAGAUAUGCUAUUAA